UGGGCCCCGCCUCCGCCCCAGUUCCUGUUUCGGCCCACCGGGCUCCCGCAGACUUCCUACUCCGCGAGGGCCACCGCCUCCAGGCCGACCACUUACCUGCACACCCGCCCACGGGGCAUGGGGCCUCCCCCCGGCCUGCGCCGGCCCUCCUUCGGGGGUCCUCUAAGCCACUCGGCCCCACCGUAGCCACCCUGCCUGCCCGAAGCCCCGGCCCCCAGGAUGAAGGGCAGCGAGGGGGACGCGGGUGAGCAGGCCCCGCUGAACCCCGAGGCGGACACCCCCGCCGGCUCGGCCACGUACCGCGACUUCGUGCAUCGCGGCUACCUGGACCUCAUGGGGGCCAGCCAGCACUCCCUGCGGGCGCUCAGCUGGCGCCGCCUCUACCUCAGCCGGGCCAAGCUCAAGGCCUCCAGCCGCACGUCCGCCCUGCUGUCAGGUUUCGCCAUGGUGGCCAUGGUGGAGGUCCAGCUGGAGAGGAACCACGAAUACCCGCCAGGCCUGCUGGUGGCCUUCAGCGCCUGCACCACCGUGCUGGUGGCCGUGCACCUGUUCGCGCUUAUGGUCUCCACGUGCCUGCUGCCCCACAUUGAAGCUGUUAGCAACAUCCACAACCUCAACUCCGUGCACCAGUCCCCCCACCAGCGGCUCCACCGCUACGUGGAGCUGGCCUGGGGCUUCUCCACGGCCUUGGGCACCUUCCUCUUCCUCGCGGAAGUAGUCCUGGUCGGCUGGGUCAAGUUUGUGCCCAUUGGGGCCCCUGCCUUAGGUACGCCAGCCCCCCAGGCCCCAGAGACUCAGCUGCCCUUGGCCACCUCCCUCAGCCCGGCGGCCGGGCCUUCACCCACCUCCGCCCCCUCGGGGGCUCCACCGUCGGAGGCCUGCCCACCCCGGCUGCUGUGUGGCUCCGUGGCAGCCCAUGGGCCCGGCUGGCAAGCGGCCAUGGCCUCCACGGCCAUCAUGGUCCCUGUGGGGCUGGUGUUCGUGGCCUUUGCUCUGCAUUUCUACCGCUCCCUGGUGGCUCACAAGACCGACCGCCACAAGCAGGAACUGGAGGAGCUGAGCCGCCUGCAGGGGGAGCUGCAGGCCGUGUGAGGCCGCGCUCUGUGCCUGGGGGUCGGGGAGCCCCGCCUGCCCCCCUCCCCCCAGGGCCCAGGGUUGCCUGGGCUGGGCUCCUCUGUUCCUUCCAGAUCGCUGGAUUUGGGAAGUUGCACUCUGCACACCCGGACUGUGAAGGGGAGGGGUGGUGGGAGGUCCAGCUCGGGUUCAAGUCCAAGCUCAGAUCCAGAAGGGCAGCGGGGAGGCCCGGGAGAGACCUUGGCAGCCUGGCUGAAAGGGAUGGGGCAGUCUGGAAGGAGGCAGCCAAGACUUGCUUCAUUCUCACACAUCUACUUGAUGAUUGGCAUUUGGGGAUGGCUCCCCCCGCCCCAUUGAUGGACUCCACACUCUUUUGCUUUCUUUCCUCCACAGAGGGAUGGGGUGUUGCCACCCCUGGCGCUGGGGGAGGGUUAAUGCACGCCCCACUAGCUUGGGCUCCACACUUCCAUUUCUGUAUCUGGUUCUCACUGUUGGGGGGCAGAGCUUGGGUCUUUGGAAGCUGGGUCUGCUCAUCCCACCUGACUCCCCUAGCCUGCUUUAGAAUGAGCUGGUGUUUUUUUUUUUUUUUUUUUUUUUUUAAGGGAGAAAGUCGCCCCCAGAGCCCUGGGAUAAUAGAGCUGUCUGACACUGAAGUUUUGAUGCACCUUCUUUUGUAUGAUAAAAAUGUUUCACAGA